GCAAAAAGCAAUGAUCUCGCCCGGGCUCGAACCGGGGACCUUUUCGGUGGUGUCAACAGAUGUUGUUAACGAAAUGUCAUGACCAACUAGACCACGAAACCAUCUUAAUCGCUGAUUGGCUGCUCGUCGUCCUUCACAAAGAGCUCUAUCAAAACAUCACCAUGUCCCAGAAAAUCAACGCCAAAAACCUCUCCUACAACUCCUCUCUCCCCCCUUUCCUCGCCGCCCUCCGCGCCCAGGCCUCCGGCGCAACAGGCCCCGACCCCAUCCUCUCCGCCCAGCGCCGCGGCGGCAAGAAGCGCUCCAGCAGCGAAGAGGCCGAGGACGCGCCCCUGGUCGUGGACGAGCACGGGAACGCGCUCGAGGACCUCAAAGUCAAUAAGGACGGCACCGUGGAAGAAUCAGCAGCAGCAGCAAAUGCAGAGGAUGCUGAGGAGGCCGCCACCAAAGACGGGGCGGAAAAGAGCGAGGCAGAGCCGGCGAGAGCUUCGAUGAUAGGAGGGCGGAAGCGCAAAGUUGGCAAGGUGGUUGGCGAGGAGGCGCAAGAUGACGGUUCCGAGACUGCGCCUGCAGGAAAGAAGAAUGAGACGGCAAAGAAAAACGCUGAUGAUGCCGAGCAAGCGACCAACCGCAAGCCUAAGAAAAAGACAAAGAAAAUCAAGCUCAGCUUCGACGAGGACGAAGGUUGAGCUGGGGAGGUCUCAAGCGACGCGAAACAACAGCCAUGCGCAGAGACCAUCAGCUGACCAAGAUGCGGCAGCUCACGCUGAGAAUGAGUCUCUGCGUUUGCCACUGCAGCUUCACAUAGCUUCCCAAUGAUGCCCGGGACAUGCAACGAGCAUUGGGAAUGUCAGAUGCUUAGUCCCAGCAUCCGGCAUCAUCAUUAGAUUAAUCAAAAGAUACCCGCCCCCAGUCUGUCAAUGCUUGUGAUUCACACUGCGACAAAGUCAUGAGUAUCUACAAAAUACACAGCCGCGUCCCGU